CGACGGAUCAAGUUCACUAGCAGAUCACUCGUAGAUGUGGAAUCACCAUCCGCGCGGACGUGUCCAUUUAUUUUCAUUUUUCGGGAGUUACUUCUGAUUGUUGUCUUUAUGUAACACGAAACGUAAGUUGGAGUAUCUUAAAAGUUUUCAACUUUUAGUACAUGUUUCACUAUCGACGUCGGUGAUCUUCCAGUGGAAAGUGUGCAAGUGACCCUUACUCGUAGGUUACCGUGCUAGAAUCUAAUCGGAGGUGUGAAAAUUAGCGUGAUUUAAGUCGCAUCUGUUAGUUCUAAUUAUUUACCGCCAACGGUUUCGCAUUGUAAGUGCAAUUCGUCUCUAAGUUAAUCAAAUGUAUCUUGAAAACUAGAAAUUGAUUCGUUCAAUAAUUUUGGCUCUUUGGCUCGAUAACCAGAUACAAGCAAAAACCGAUCGUACCACUUCAGCAACAACAAGCGCGCCUCAAGUGAUUAAAGAGUUUUCGGAGAUCAUUUGAAAACGGGUCUUCAACGAGCGAACCCGGCAUCACUCAAUCAGAACGCCACGGAAGAAUAUUGACACUCUAGACGAUGAUGUUUACUUAUCGUCUACUCAUCCCCAUAAUAGCAUUUAAUUGUUGUUUAUUUAAUAUCAAUAAUGCACUAAUCAAUCCACCAUUGGCUUCAUCAAGCGCACAAAACCCCGAUUCGCUGAACAAGAACCUCACAUGUGAAGAGUUUUGCGCAAUAUCCAAGGCGUCGAGUGGUACUUUUCGGCGUCAGCCUGGAUACUAUCAUCAACACAAUAAUGACGAGGAACUACCACAACAACUUGUCAUCAAAGAACAAAUAUUUAGAGGAACUCGCCAACCACUUAACGAAUGGCUUCAUCAAAGCAGUCGCCAUAGAACUCUGGCGAAUGAAGAUUAUUUGCGACAAUCUUCAAUUAUAUUUGGUUUAACGCAAAUAGCAAACGAAGAUUAUUUGAGUCCAGCAUGUUUUCGAAACUUGAAGGAGUUGGGAAAGGCUGUACUGCGGAAAGAUGUUUGGGCUAUGAAAGUUCUUGAUUCAUCGGGAAGUAAAAACGCUGGCUUCCUAUGGGGUCAAAAUUACUGGCUUGGAAGCCAAGAUGGUUGCGAAGCUGUUCAAGAGCCUGUCUACAUCACCCUCUCCGACCAGUACGAACGAGCAAUGAAAAAGGGACUGAUCAACGAUUUAGCUCCAUACGAAAUGGACUACCGGGUCGUUUACAUCCGGCAUGACUCUCCAUGGCAAGUGGAAAUCAAGUUCAUGACAGAGAGAAUUAUCCAUGUAGGAUUGUGCCUGCCGAAAUCGUGCAGCAACGCAGAAGUCUACAACUUGACCCAAAGUUACAUGGAUUGGGGAUACUUCGAGGAGGCAAAUGUUUAUGACAUCAAUCCCGAGGUGAUCCAUAUCAAGGACUUGAGACUCAGGGAUGAUUUUUUCGAUAAAAUCAGUUUCAAGAUUGUCACAGUUGCAGUGAUUUUGACUGCAGUACUGAUGUUCUUGGCAUUGUGGCAGAAUUCAGUCUGCGAUGAGAAGAAAUCGAAUGUUGAGAGGACCCUGAUCACAACAAGUGGGACUGAACCGCGGGAUGAUACCAAGAAAUCUAAGGACAAUGAAGAAACAAGCAAAAAGGAGAAAAACGGACGAGAACUAUCUAUUUCUAAUUUUAUCAGAUGUUUUGAUUUGAUAAAUAAUGGACGAUCGUUAUUUACUUUUGAGCAGGCAUCUCCUAGUUCAAUUCCAGUUAUAAACGGGCUGAGAUCAGUUUCUUGCCUUUGGAUUAUGCUGUUUCACGUGAUUUGGUACAUGUACUUCACUGUCGAUAAUAAAACUUUCCUGAUUUCGCUGGGAGAAAGAGCUUUCUUUCAAUAUGUCAGUACGGCGCCUCUUUUGGUUGAUGUCUUUUUCACGAUAAGCGGCUUCCUAUCUGUUUAUAAUUUCAUUCGGAAUGAAAAAAAUCUACAAAGAAUAGCAAACAGUAGUUUCGUGGAUAAUUGUAAGGCAUUCGGGAGGAUGGUUCUCCAUCGAUAUCUCAGAUUGGCUCCAUUAUAUUUAAUAUUAACAGCAAUUGUCGAGAUUUUCACGGCAUACACCGAGGAUGUUUCUCUAUUCCACAUUCAUGAACGCUACGACCAAACGUGCCCGAAGUUUUGGUGGCGCAACGUUCUGCUCAUUCAAAAUCUAUUCUCACACGAACAUUUGUGCCUAAAUUGGACAUGGUCCUUGGCAUGCGAAAUGCAAUUCUACAUUAUUGGAAUAGGAGCACUCUUCACAUAUGUUAAGUACCCAAAAACAAUAAAAGGACUUGCCGUACUUGGCUUACUUAGUUCAGUCCUAUGGACUGCAUUCGUUGGCUUCGAAAUAAACUACAGGCUAUCGUUCGACGUAAUGUACCAUACCGGAACCCAGAUGUACAUAAACCCCUUCAUCCGCAUAUCACCAUACAUAGUUGGAAGCAUCGCAGGAUGGUUUUUGGCAACAACUAAGGGACAGUUCUCUGUCAACACCGUGUUCGAAAAAUGCGCCUGGAACUUAGCGAUCCUCAUAUUUUUCUCAUGCAUAUACUCAACGGUAAAGCGGGAUAUGUCUGAAUUGUACACGGUGGGUCUUUAUGUUUUCGGAAGGCUAUUUUUCUCCUGCGCAAUCGCCUGGGUGAUCCUCGGGAGUGCAACAGGUAGGGGAGUUUGGUGGUCAAGGUUUUUGGAGCUGACACCCUUCCAGCACCUCAAUAAGCUUUCCUACGGCAUUUACUUGUUGAAUCCGUUCGUUGUUUCGUUUGUCUUCAGUUUGUCGAGUACCAGCACACAUGCAGAUCCAAUCAUGCUGUGUGUUCAAACCAGUGGCUUCAUAGUCAUAGUAUACAUCUGCUCUAUCAUCUUCUCAUUGUCCUUUGAGAUGCCGUACUGCAACAUAUCCAGCCUGCUGCUACGAAGGAAGGUCAAAACAGCGUAGGCAGGAGACCACUUUUAAGUUAACUAGCCCUUAAGGAUUGGCUAAGCACUUAGGGAUAAUUUUUUUACUUGCACAUUGUGAUUGUUAGUAUUUCUGUUGAUUGUUAAGUUUGAAAAUUGAGUGGAGUAGCAUGUAACGAAAGUGAGGCUAGAAAGGCGUUUUCUAGUGGGUAUGCAUAGGCUGUGCCAUCAGGGUUGAAUGUCAAGAAAUUUGAUGUGCUUACAAGUCAGGUUCAAUGAUUGGCAGUAAGAAGAACGAAUAAGUUAUGUUACGGUAUCGAUAGAGGAGUUUGCAUGUGAAGAAUGAUUGUUUCCAAUAAAAUGAGUUGGAGAAUUUUUUUUAUAAA